ACGGCAAUUUAUUAUUUUAUUAGUUUUCAAAUAUUGUGUUAUGUUUACGCAAAUAAAAAUAAUGGUAUAAAUACUGGGAUGAAUAAUGGUACAUACUAUGUACAACAAUAUCCUCUACAACAACCAGAAGAACCACCACCUGAAGGUCAAGAACAGGAGAACCCUGCACCGGAAAAUCAGGAAGGAACCGAACACAAUCAGAACGAGGGGGCACAGAAUAUUGAAUCUAUUCAUAUACCAGACCAAGAAAAUAAUAAAAUUGUAGCAAUUCCUGACGACCAUUACACAUUCGUGGCGUUGAUAGAGAUAAUGUUUACGGAUGAGUGGAGGAGGAACUGCACGGGCGCAAUAAUACAUGAUUAUGUCGUUAUUAGUGCAGCACAUUGCUUUGAAUUGAAAAAGGUCGAAAGAAACGAAGCUACUAAGUUGCAACCUGAGCUGACAGGAUCGUUUGUCAUCAUUGGAUCUAAGAAUAUGUUCGAAUCUGGUUACGAACAGUAUUUACCAAUAGAAAGAGUAUUGAUACAUCCAGAUUACAGAGCCAUACAGGCGGACUUAGCGUUAGUUUACACUUUUGCUGGUAUGAUGUCAGAUAAACCAGGAAAUAUUAUACCGUUAGCGGAUGGAAAUGCUUUUACAUCUGUCCAUACGAAAAUUAGCGUGCUAAAUUGGAAUCAGUUUAUUAAAAACAAAGUGAAAAAGACCACAACAACUACGACUACAGAAAGUUUUUCCGAUAGCUGCUCCGAUUCUACUGAAGAUGAGGAGGGGUAUUAUUAUAAGAAAAUGAGGCAUUUACGUAUGACUGCAAGGAUUUUACUCUCUUCUGAAGAUGAAUCGUCCACGACGAAAAAUGAACAUAAGCACAGUUCAUUGAACAUGGACGAAUACAUUAUCUUUGAAGGGGAUGAAUGUAAAAGUAUUUUGGCGAAAGUUAAACGGACUAUCGAUGAAUACAAGACCAUAUGCUAUAUAAGGAAAAGACCAACGAAGGUACAGGGUCAUUCGGGAGCUAUAUCUAUACAUCGCAACCAUUUGGUAGCGAUUGCGGCGAGUGAGGUGACGAAUUCAACACACCAUGUCAUUAUUGGCAACAAGAUUAGCUGCUACUGUAACUGGAUUGCAGAAAAUCUACCGGGUGGUGGAAAUGAAUUAAAUUGUUGCGCAAGUUGCUGUGAGUCGGCAUCAGAUCCGAAGUUAGAUUUUUUUAAAUGAUAACAUAAAAUAUAUA